CCUUUUUAUCCAAUUGCAGUUUUUCAUAUAUUUUUUUUACAUUGCAAUAGUUGUUGUUCAAUCGAUGAAAUGGACGAAGAAUCAGACGAGGAUGUUUAUUUUGCGAAUUCUCCAUUAAUGAAACAUCUUGAAGAAGCUGGGAUUGAUAUUAAGGAUGAGACUGUUAUUCAAUCCAACAAAUCAGAUACUGUCAAAAUAGAGAAUACUUCUAAGAUUCAUUUCAGCACACACUUGCAAUGCUGGUACUCUUACAUGUAUUGUUUUAUCAUUAGUGUUUUGGGAAUAAAUAUCUUAAAAGAAGAGAAAACUAACUUAGAGAAUAUAUACAAAGACAAAUUACUUUUGUUGGCUGUCAAGUCAAAAGCAUUUGAAGCAGAGGACCAACAGUUUUUAGAAAAUUUUAAAGAAAAUUAUGAAGAAAAGAAACAACUAAACAUGGAUCCUUUUAUAAAAUCCAAGAUGCUAACAAUGAUUGCUCUACCAUGUCUGCUGGCCUAUCUGUUUACCAGAGUUGUCUACCCUGAUCUUCCAUGGAAGUACAAGACAUUAACAGAUUUGUCGGCAAUUUGUUCUUUACUGUAUAUCACUGCUAAUAUAGUGAAAUAUCUUAUACUGCUAUAUCAAAGAUGGAAGCUUGAACAUAUGUAUGAUGUGGUAGUGAAUUGUAUUCAGAUGGCUGAAACUAUGGUGAAAUACACUCAGAAAUCACUCAGAUUGAUUCAGGAGUCAGAACUGGUUUCCAGGGGAUUUACAUUAGUGAGUCAAAAGAGUCCUAUAUCUAGAUUAGAACAGAAUUCUUUACAUCAUACACAAAGACAGUGCUCACAGCUAAGAUUAGAAUUGUUUCACUCUGCCAGAAAUUGUUUCUUGGUACUCAAGUCAGCAGCAACAAAUCUUGUCACUAGCUGCCCUUUAGAUGCCAGCAUAGAUAAUGUAAUGAACUACUUAUGUCAUAUACCUAUAGACGAGUUUGGUCAGUGUUUACAGGUUACUGGUCAUACAGAGGAGUCUACAAAAGAACUGUAUACUUUAACUGAUGGAUUCUCUGUGGCAUCACUUAAGGGAUUAAAGCAUUUGUUCCAUUUACAACAAUCAGAGUUUCUGAGAAGACUAACACUGACCUUUAUUGAGAGUGACACUUCCAGUCUAAAUGCAAGACCUGAAAUAAGUAAUAUAAUCAGUCAUGUGACUUGUACACUACAAAACAAUACUGAUCAAUUACAAAGAUCAUAUAACAUCCAUUCUUGUUGUGCAAUCAGCCUGGAAACCCAGUCUGUUAGAGUUCCAGCAUCACAAACGUCGUCUGCUACUAGUGAUGUAUACAUAGCAGUACACAGUCUGGAUCUUCAUCUGCAGGCAGCAUUACUCAGAAUAAGAUCUUUAUCAACCAUAAUGGAACACCAGAUAGAAAGAGCAGAAGAUUCAUCAAAUGAAUUUGACCAAUCAGGUGACAGCUUAUUACAACAGAUUAAACAGGAACUUCUAGCUUGCAAAGGAUGCUGGGAAGAGGGAUUAAGCAGAGUUGAAAAUUUAUUAAAAUCUAAAGAAGAACCUGUUCAGAACCACAGUGUACAGACUGAGACAACUAAACCAUUAGAACCAAAACCUCUUAAACAGUGUGGACUUGAAGAUCCUGUUAUAGAAGAUGAGGUGUUUGAAGCAUACAAUGAUGAGGAUGAGGAAGACUUGAUAGAGAAUACUUGGGAUGAAUUCCUUAGUCCUGAAGAGAAGGCAAAGAAGAAGAGAGAAAAGGAAGAAGCAUUAAGAGUUUUGACAGAAUUAAAAUCUGUUAUAUCCUUCAGAGCUCAGGAUACUGCCAAGCGAGAACAGGCUGCUCUUCAAAAGUCUAAAGGAACUGAAAGUCAGAAUAAUGUAGAAAAUGAUAAAGUUGAACAUUCUUCACAGGCAACCAAACCAGAUAAUCAAUACAAGGAUUCAAAUCAAAAAGAAAAAUUAAAAGAGGAACAAAAAUCAUUUCAUGUCCAGGAUUGUGACAAAACAAAUUCUGAAAAAUCAGUCACACCUGGUUGUAAUAAUGAAGAACAUUUAAACGCCAAAGUCUCUGUUAAUACAUUUAAUUCAGUAAAUACUGUUGACAGUCUAAGUCAGUAUAAAAAGAAUCAAAAUUCUGAAAGUAUUAUCAGACCUAAAAAACAGAAGUAUGUUUAUUGUCCUCCUGAAGAUGAGAUUAACAAUAGUACAGAAACUAUUACUGGCCCUCAAUUCAUUGCACUUCCUGUUCUUGGAAGACAGGAUGCUAUGGAAGAUAGGUUAGAAAGGCUAUCAGGAGCUAAUCUGUCGUUCACUGCCAUGUUAGCAGCACAAGCAGUGGCUCGGUCACAAAAGAUUGGUUUAAAUGUACAAACUUUUGGAGAUGAUGAUGGUGAUGAACUUAUCUAUGAUGAUGAUUCGUUUGAUGAAGAAGACAAAAGUGAGGAUAGUCUUGAUCAUGAAAAUAAUGAUAAUGAUAGUCUUAAUCAUGAUGACAGUGAUAAUGAUAGUCUCAAAGAUAAUCAUGAUCAUGAUCAUAUUCAUAGUCUUAGAAAGGACAAAGAAUUCAAUGACAGUUUACAAAAUGAUUAUGAUGAUAAUGAUAGCCUUAAAGGUGAUCAUGUUAGCAAUGAUGCCAAUCAUGAUAAACAUGAUGAUCAUGAUAGUGAUGAUAGUCUUGAAUCAAAUGAUGUUGAGAAACAUCAGUGUGGUGAGGAUAGCGAUCUCAAAACAGAUUGAUGAUGAAGUUUGUCUAUUUUGUCAUGUGACAUGGGAAGUGAUCUCAUUAGUAUCUUAAUAAUGUGUGUGAUUUUGUUGUGAAGAUACAUAAUAACAAUAGUUGUAAAAAAUAUCAUGUUAAGUUGGGAGUGUGCAAUAAUAAAUUAUUAGAUAUAAGUCUUAUAUAACUAUUUUGCUACAU